UCUUGUCCUCGUGUUUACAAUCGUGUUCAACAUGUUCUCCAGGGCUGUAUUUAGGCACUUCACCUCGCGCCCUCCGCAGGACUUCUUCAUCGUGGCCUCCCUCAAGGUAAAGAAGUUGCUAAUUAAGAGAGUGUGUUUGCCUGUUUGCACCUCACCUGUCUGCCUGCCCGCCGCCCGCCGCCCGCCCAGAUGUGCCCAGCCGCCUCCAGCACUUCCAGUAGCAGCAGAAGAUGGUGCAGCACUACUACCACCACCACCACCAGAGCGAGCACCCCCCACCUGCCCUCGACGCCCCCCAAACACAGGAGUGACGGUGACGGUAUGUAACGGCCUGCCGCAGCUCACAGUGCCGCUUCCCUCCCGCAAUGACCGCUGCCGCUUCACUCUCCGCCCCGUCACCCACACCGUGCAGGACCUCGUGGAUCAGCUCACCCACGAGGACCACGGCAUUGACAGGGUUGUCCUUAGAACCGUAGAUGGCACGCGCAUUUCCUCCUCCGACAGCAUCGAGUCUCUACUGAUGAACGACUUCGACUUGAUCAUCAACGACGUGCGGUACAGAGUGGAGGUGCCGUCGGGACAGAAGCUCACCCUGGAGGAGCUGAGUGACAUGGGAGAUGUGAGGCAGCUGGUAAACAAGCUGUACAUGGCUCUCAAUGUGGACCAGCACCAGAUUAUGAAGGAGAGGGACAUCCUGGCUCAGAUUGAGGACCUGAAGACACAGCUGGCUCCUCUUGAAAAGAAACGUGAGGACCUAGUGAAGGCAGCAGAGCGCCGUACCACCAUCCUGGCCUGGGCUGGGCUGGGAUACAUGGCCCUGCAGUUUGGGUUUCUGGCCAGACUGACUUGGUGGGAAUACUCCUGGGAUAUCAUGGAGCCUGUCACUUACUUUGUCACCUACGGCACGGCGAUGGGAGCUUAUGCUUACUAUGUGCUGACGAAACAGGAAUUCCUGUUACCUGACGUACACGACAGACAGUUCCUCCUCUGCUUCCACAAGAAGGCCAAGAAACUGGGACUCAACGUGGAAAAGUACAACAUGCUCAAGAACCGUCUGGCAGAGCUCCACAAGGACUUAGACAGGCUACGAGAUCCCCUCGCCCUCAACCUACCUCACUCCAUGCUGAAAGAACCACGGACCUCCAAGGCACCCCUCGCUAAGGCCCAGAAGACCAUCAAGAACCUGCUGGGGCUGCGGGAAGACAAGUAGCUCAGGCAUCUGCUCUGGCCCAGGAAACAAUAGCCAGCUGCACAGUGUUCCUCGAGAGCCCGAGUGGUGAGGUGGUGUGUUGUGGAGUCCCUUCCCUCAGCACGGCGUCACCCACCUCACUUGGUUUGUGGGGAUGAUAAGAGAUUAACUGCCAAUUUUGAUAACUUUCCAAUGAGCUUUGCCGUGUUAGUGGUGUCCGAGGGAGAGAAUGUUUGUUGGACGUGUACUCGUAUCUUGUGGAAAAACAUUAUCUGCGACACGAUCGAUACUUAGUGAAAUGUUAUCGCAGAAAGGGUGCGACCAGUUAUUUCGUUUGAAAUUAUUGAAUGCUAUAAUUAGACAGACAGCCCCACCCCCACCAGAAGAAAAGAAAAAAACUCGUACUUGUUAUAACAUGAUAAAAAAAAAAAGGUUUAAAAGUGUCAUAGAUAUACACGUAAGAUAUUCAACACACUAUAAAUUAACGCGCAACCAAAACACCUUCUGUCAUACAUAAAUUAUAACCUAACAUCCUGCUACAUGAACACACCAAAUCAACGAUAGCAACAGGGAACUACUACCACUAUUACUACUACUAUUACUACUACUACCACUAUUACUACUACUUACAUUAAGGACAUUUUAGAUCUUUCAAUACACUACAUUUUAUCAGGAGUACUUGGAAGGGAAAAUAUUAAAGCCAUGGGACAUUGUGAGGUGAGUAAGGGGAGGGAGGUGAGGGAGGGUGUGCGGCCGCCACUCGUCACCUCAGUAGGACCACCGGGAGUCACCUCAAGGAGUAGCCGGCCAGUCAGGGAGGAGGAGGAGGGAAUGACCCGCAGCCUUCAACCUGGGAAGAAAUCAAAGAUGUGUAUCAAAAAGCACAAAUGUAUUUAUCAUGUAUGACUUGUUAAACCCUCAAGUAUAUACACAUGCGCACAUACACACAUACACACACCCCUCCCGUACACUACAACUAGGUAAAUACAACUAGGUAAAUACACUGACUUGUUAAACUGUCAGAUAUACACACAAACACACAUACACACUCACUGACUUGCUAAACACACACACACACACACACACACACACACACACACACACACACACACACACACACACACACACACACACACACACACACACACACACACACACACACACACUCACACACACACCCACAUACACACCAUUAAUAACACUUAUACACACACACACACACACACACACAUAUACACACACACACACACACACACACAUACACACACAUGCAUACAUAUAAUCUUGAGGACAUGUAAACGCUUAACAUGAUCUUGCUGCUACAUACAUACAUACAUACUGUGGAAUGUUUCUAUUAAUCUGUUUAGGUUAAUUUUAUAUCUAGUAUUAAGUCCUUAAGUCAUGAGUGAGGACGGUCCCAGCCUCCUCCCUGCUUCUCUUUCAUAUUAUUGUGUCGAAUUGCAGCCCCCAGUGACAACCCUUGAGACUUAGAAACAAGUAGACAGAUGACAGGUAACCAUAAACAGAUAGGUAACAAAAAAUGUGCUAUCAGAGAAAUAAAUUAAUCAGAAAAAAUAAUAAAUGGAUAAACAGACAAACAGGCAAUAAAAAAAACAUGCUUCUGGGAAAACAAAUGAAUUAGAAUGAGUAAUAAAUAGGUAAAUGGGCAAAAAUAAGUGCUAUUGCUAUUUACUAGUGGAAAAUUAAUAAAACAAGUAGUAAGCAGAAUAAAGAAAUAAAAAAAAAUUUGCAACUGGAAAACGCAUGAAUCAAAAUAAAGAUGAGAGUAUAUAAAGAAAGUGGGAAGAAAUAUUAAGUAGUAGAAUCAAUAAUGGUGAUGUUAAAGUGUCUUCAUAAAUUUUGGGUGAUUGGUCUAGACUCUCAGUUGACAGUGAGAGAAUUAAAGACUAAUUGAAGUGUUGUCGUAACGUUCUGACAGACAAAUGGAUAAAGUAAAGUUAUUAUUGGAAUUGAUGUGAUGAAAGAUAAAAACAUAAAAUUGAUGUACUAAUCACAAUGCUCAGAGAGAUGUAAAGAUAAGUUAAAAUAUCUGGCAAUCAUAAUAAUAUAAGAUAAAAAAAUUAUAAAUUGAUGUUCUGAGAGAAAAGAUGAAUUAAUGUUUUCAGAGAUAAAAAAAAAAAAAAGAAACUGAAAUGCCUGGUUGUCACGAAAUUCCAAAAUAGAAAUAUAGACGAAAUUCCAAAAUAGAAAUAGAAAUUGAUGUUCUGAGAGAUAAAAAGAUGGAUUAGAAUGCUUGGUUGUCACAGUAUUCUCAUGUAAGAAGAUAAAUUGAUGUUUUGAGUGACUAAAAGAUUAAUUGACAUUUUACAAAAUGAAAAGAUGAAUUAAAAUGUCUGGUUCUCACAAUAUUUUGAGAUAAGAAAGAUGAAUUGAUGUUUUGAGGGAUAAAAGGAUAAAGUGAAAAUAUAUAGUCAUUCCGAAGUUGUGAGAGAAAGAAGACGAAGUGAAGCAAGUAAGCAGAUAAAUUGAAAAUGUACCAAGUAAAAAGAUAAAUUGAAAACGCCUAGCAAUCCCAGUCUGAGAGAAAGAAGGCGAGCAGAAGCAAAUGGUCACACAAUACAAAGAUAAACUGAAAACUCCUGCAAAUAUCUGAGAGAAAGAAGACAAAGUGAAGCAAGUAAACAGAUAAACUGAAAACACUCAACUAUCCCAGUGUUCCGAGAGAAAGAAGACAGACAGAAGCAAGUAGUCACACAAUCCUGCGUUAAAAUAGCGGCUCCUGACUCACCGGACAUCCCUCUAGCUAGACAUACACUGCUCAUAGCCCCGAGACAUCUACCACUUCACCAACAAAUAGUUUGACAAUGUGUCUUCCUAACGAGGUGGGUCUGUGGUCCGCCAGUGGUCCCAGCGGAAGGGUUGAUGGGACCCCGGACAGGAACGGUUUACUUUUGAGCCCCGCGACCCUUGAACCCUGAACCCUGAACCCCCAGUGAGCUGAUCCCUCAAGCAUCGACUGCUGUCCAUUCAGUUCACCUCCAGUUUAAGCUUGUACUGCUUUUUGGCAUAUUCAAAGCGUCGCACUUUUUACUCGCAUGACGUUCGUUGUAGGUUAGUCAAGGUCGGUUGGUUGGUUCUGAUUGAAAGUUUAUAUUCUUCUAAUCUGGUAAUGUUUCUUGAUAUAUUAAAACAAAUAGGGAAGGUUUCCGCAUGUGGUGUUGACGCCUCACUUGUAUAUUUAUUUUAUUUUUUCAUUUUUUUUUCCCUCUCUCUGUCAGUCCCCUGCCGAGAUAGCUCCCAAUGAUGAUGAUGAUGUCACUGUUUUUUUACCUCCAGCGUCAUAAAUUGUUACUUAUUGGUAGUGCCCUAAAGUUGAAGGGGUCAGAACAAGGGUGAUACGAUUAUUACCAUUACUUUUGUAUUACUGGUUGUUAAGGCUAGUCUUUCAUAUACGCCAUUGGUUGAUGUUUGCUAAUAAGUAGCUGGUUUUUAAACAUUUUUAUAGUGUUAUCUGAAUAGAACGGAACAGACAGAGUUUAGCAAUACAUAUUUUAUAACAAGAUAGUUGGUUGACCCAUUGGCUAUAAUUGACAUUUUUAUAUAACCUCCAUUGCCAUUUACAAUCUAUUCUCAAUUCUCUAUAGUGUAUCAGAUUCUCAUCCUCGACUUCGAUAGUUAACUUUAUCUAAAUAUAAUUCCUAUUUAGCCUUCUACAUCUACCAUUAUAGGCACUCAUUCCUCUGCCAUUAGCUUGCCCUUGUAUACACAGAAAACUUGAUGUACAGGUGUGGCCGGCAGCUCCCACACAUUUCAGUUAAAAAAAAGAUACAUAGUUAUAUUUUCUGAUGAAUUCACGUUAUAGAUCUAUUUUGCAGGACACGAAUGUGUUGAUCUUGUUAUGCGUUGUUGUGGUUAUUGGGGAAUUAUAUCUUGUUAUUAUUAGAUAAGUAUACCAAGACUGCACAUAUUUGCCACUCAUUCAGUUUUCUUUUUCAUAGUAAGAAAGAGAAUGAUUAAAAAAAAACCUGAAAGGAAUACUGAUAAAAAAAAAAUCUUCCGCUAAUUGCUACGUCCUAUUCCCUAUUACUCUUAAGGACAAAAAACAUCGAUAGAGAACACUUUCAUGCUGUUGUAAUUAAUCGUAAAUCGAAAACCUCCAAAUACACAAAUAUUCACUAGCUUUAACCAACAUUAACACUUACCAUAUCAGCUCUAGACAUAGGUGAGAGGAAGGACAGUAACACAGCAUAUUUUUUGGUUUAGCUUCAGGUUUUCUGUGUAUAUAUGUACAUGUAACCAAUACUAACUAAUCACUCCUUCCUCCCAGUCCUCUCUUGUCCCUGCCUCUGGGAAUCUAGAAGUGUGAAUCAGGCUACAUUGUUUCCCUAUAUUUCCGUCUCCCCUUCCUGCAUACCACUCAGCUAGUGUCUAGCAAAAAUUAGUGCGGAUUUCCCCCAUGGUUCAUAAGCCCAAGCCCUGUGCCGGCCUCGUCUUACUAGUGAUCAUCCCUUCUGAGUGACAAUCAUCUAGUCAGGUGUCCGUGGCGCCCUGCCAAGGAACACAGAGUCUGUCGGCGUAUCUCAAACCGUUUCUUUUCACGCCUUCAUUCACUGCUUGGAAGGAACGGACAUGUUGUUGCGCCUUCCUUACAUACCCCCUACCCCCACCAAGUCGUCAGUCCCACAAAGCUUGUCAAAUUUCUGCCUGUUUUGAGGUCCGUGUCUUGUGGUGAGGUGAGGUUAGGUGGUAUCCAUCAGGCCAGGGCAGUGCUGGCUUAUGGUGCUUGUUGGGUGUGGCGUGUUGCUCUGUGCUGGCCCAAGGAUCCCUCUUUUUCUGCCUCACUCACAUAAUGCGUAAUAGGAGAAAAAUUAAAAACUGAAUAUUCUCGCCAUGAACAAACUGCCUGGGUGUUUCUUUCAUCUUUUCAGGAAUAGAUGAGAAACCAGUAAUAUUUUAGCUCUCAAAAUGAAAACCAGUCCAAUAUUUUAGUUCCUAAGGUGAAAAUCAAGUGAAUUUUGAUGACUUUUAAACCUCACAUGGCCAGAACAUGACAAAAAGCAUCUACAUAUAUAUACAAACACACAACACACUGCACUAAAAAUCUAAACAAAAAUCGUUAAAUGAAUUGGGUGGUUUGUUUAUGAGUGACAAUAUUUCACUCACGCUGCCCUGUAGCCUUCCUGUGGCGGGACUGACGACUGGCAACCCUAUUUGGGAUUCCUGCCAUUUCCUUUCAUUUCUGUAUCCUGCGCUGUUCUCUCUCGCUCUCUGCUGCUACUGAUUUAUCGCGUUUCAGUUUGUAAUUGGUGUUAUAGAAAAAUUGGAUUGCUUUUAGGUAUUAUUUGAAUGUGAGCCUCCCUCGUCUCUCAAGGGCACGAGAGAGUUCUUUUUUCUCUGAUUUAUGCAUUACAGUUUGCGUUUAGGGGUUAGCGUUGUGGUGUGUGCCAGCAGUGAUUGCCUCCAAGGUGUGGCUGUUGUGAAGGGUGAGCUGGUAAAGAGCUCGCUCUUUACGUGUGAUUUAGAGAUGAAUUAGUGAGUUCAUGGGAAACGCACAUUUUCCUGCUUGAGAUUUGUGGCAUUUUGAGUAUGACAUAAAUAUCUCUUUCGCUUAUCCUUAUUAUUUUUUAUAGUCUGCUUUUAUUUUACUGUAGAGACUUUUUUUUUAUCAAUUUAUCAACUUUCAUUUUGGUUUAUCGUCCUGUUUCUAUUGUUUAGGGACUGGUAACCUCACUGGGCCUUUUUUCAACCCUUCAUUUACCCAGUGCCCUUCACAAAAAAUAAAUAAAAUAAAUAAACAGGAUAAAUACAUGACUCAUCUGUUCAUAAACAGAUUCUUUAGUUGAUCUCAGCCUGAAGAAAGAAGAAGAGAGAAACUUGAGAAAGAGAGCAAGUUUGAAUUAAUGUCAGCUGUAUGAUGCCACAAGAAGUAUCUCCAAAGUGUGUGUUUCCUGUGAAUGCUGCCAGUUGCCUCCAUCCUGCGUGUGUUUCUGGUGAAGGCAACGGUUUUAAAAGAUAAUCUAACUCAUUUUUCCUUUUUUUUUGUCUUUAUGUACGUAUGUUUGUGUUGUCCAGAUUUUUAUUCCCAUCUGUCCGAGUGUCAGGUGAUGGCACGGCUUGAUUACUUCUGUGUCUCGGCUGGCUGGCUGUUGGUGUGAUGUGAUCUUAUUUUUAACACGUGAACCCAAGCAAAUCCUGGGCCAUUUUCAAGUCAGGCAAACACACACACACACACACACACACACACACACACACACACACACACACACUGCUUACUGAUGCUGCAAUGAACAAGGCAUCUUAUGUUAGAAUUAUCCUGGCAGUGAACCCUCAGAUUAUUCUGGAAAGAAGGCUAUAUAGUUUAUUAUGCUGAAGAAUUAGUUCUACUUGAGUGCCAUAACAGAAAGGUCUUUUAGCAAACUCAGGUCAUUAGAGGAGUCAUUUGGCAAUGUGUAUUUAACUAAUGGUUUACUCCGAUUUUUAACGAUGCUAGUGCAUCCAACAAAACAUUAUUUCGCUAAAUACAAUGUUCGUUCAAGAGGUUCUGAUGAGUUCGUUGUAUUUUUGCUUAUAAAGAUCUAGAGUUUGUUAAUUGCAAGGCUUGUUUGAUAAGUUAGAUGAGCUUAAAGUAUUCACUACAGCUAACUUUCCCAAUAUUGAGGGUAUACUGUCCUGUAUACAAUACUACAAGUACUACACACCUUCGCUUACCAGCUUCUGUUGUAACCUAAGCUAACUUAACCUCACCCAUGUUAAUUUAUACAGUUACCACCACGUUUGUCUACCUAAUUCAUCCAUGACAUGCAUACAUACAUACAUAUUCAAAUAUCUCAGAGAAAUACAUAUACAAGGUGUCCCAGUUAUUCUAAUACUUUUGGAGACUAAUUUUGAGAAUUAUUCCAAGCAUUUUUUUUUUCUUCUUUGAUAAAAAUUUGUAUCGUCAACCAUUGAAAAGUUAUGUGAUUAGAUUCGAAAAAUUCAUCUCGUCAGUUUUUGUCAUAAAAGAAAAAGAUAAUUAAACUAUAAAAUUUACGUUCUUAAAUUUUACCAUAGCAAAAAUGUUUAAACCCUGAAUUCAUCAUCAUAAUCUUUGUCGUAGAAGAAAAAGAUGUUUAUAUUGAUCCAAAAAUUCAUCAUCUUAAUUUAUAUCAUAGAAGAAAUGAUUAAGCCGCAAAUAUUCACCGUCUUAAUUUCAGUCUGUUCUUGGACACCAUGUACAGAACCAGUGUGUUAUCAAAGGACACUGCUAGGAUUUGUUAGGGUGCAUGUUUUCAUUGCUGCUGCUGCCGUGGCCUGGUCAGUGCCGGCGCCAGGUGAAGGAGGGCACAGUGCCACACUCCAAGGGGCCCCAGAAGUGUGGGCAACCUUCCACUCUUCUGACCUGGAAACACUCAAAAUUAUCUUCACUUUUUAGGCGGUGUGGCUCCUGUGUUUCUGCAUUUUAUUUCAUUAUUUUUUAUUUAUUUAUUUUUUCUUUAUCUUUAUGACGAUUUCUGAGUUUUUUUUAUUUGUUGUUUUAUAUUUAUUUGUUUAUUUUAUUUAUUCAUUUAUUUUAUUUUCUGCUCUAUCCUUGUGACGAUUUUUUUUUUUUUCGUAUGUUAUGAUGUGUGGAAUACAUGAGUGAUAUACAUGAAAGAGAAAAGGUCUCACUUAAUUAAUCAUAUGCCUUCCUAAUGUAUUCUUAUUGUAUUUUCUUUAACAAAAAAAAAAAAAUGUGUGAUUCUUUUAAGUUAUGAUUUAUUGUGUAUCGAAAAAAGAAAACUUCGCUAUUUUUUUUUUCGAUUUUUCUUCUCUUAUUGCACAAAAACCGUUAUCUUUUUACAUCUAAAUUAAAUAAUAAAAAAAGUAUAUACCUUUUGUUUUGGUUCAUAAAAAAAAAAGUAAUGGAAUGAAAUAAAUGAAUAAAACUUUAUGCUCCUGUAAUAUAAUGUAAAAUAAAACUUGUUAAGCAUUUGUAA